AUGUCGGCUAUGCUGUACUGUCAUCGGCAAAUGGUGGACAACUUGCUCUCGCCAUUUGCCUACUUCUCUCUCGCGCCCCCCAAGACAACAGGCCGCGAGAUGUUCCGCGACACGACUGCCCAUGACUUGAUCAAACAAGGUCUUGAAAAGGGGCUCUCCCCCAACGACAUUGUCGCCACCAGGACUAGGACCACGGCCAAAGCCAUCGUGGGACACUACAAGCGCUACAUGCCGACUGAAUACGGCCCGCUCUCUGAGAUUUACAUGUGUGGCGGAGGUGCCAAGAACCCCAACAUUACCGACUAUUUGCAGGCUGCGUUUCCUGGAACCAGAAUUCUGAUGCUAGACGAGGCGGGUGUUCCUGCUGAUGCCAAAGAAGCCAUCACGUUUGCUUGGCAGGGAAUGGAGGCGAUUGUUGGGCGCAGUAUCCCGGUGCCUGACAGGGCAGCAACCAGACAGCCGUGUGUGCUGGGUAAAGUGAGCCCAGGGAAGAACUACAGACGAGUGAUGAAAAAGGCCAUGGAUUCUGGGGCUGGGCAGGACCAGCUGGAGCCUGUCGCAGAGUUGGCACAUUACGUGGAUGGGAAAGUAUUUCGCAAUAAAUGA